CUCUCUCUCCUUCUCAUGGAAUGGACAUGGAAUAUACACGUAGGCUUCCAUUCCCUUUUUACCGACACAGUGACAUCAAAGCGCCACCUCGAGGGACUUCCCACGGGUUGGCCCAGCGUUUCCGGCAGAAUUCGGAGUACACGCGAUGACCCACUCACCGGGGCGUUGCAACGUGCAUUAAUGUCUGAUAACACGUCAACAAUCCCUCGUGCAAUUAAGCCUAAUGCGGCGACACACCUCAAGGACAGACAACAAGGCGAAGGUGAAGGUGAAACGGGAGAGGCUAACGUGACCAAGACGGAGGAGAAAGAGCGAGAAGCGAGGAAAAUCGAUAAUGAAAGGUCAAGUGAAGGUGAUGAUGGAGAAGAGCAAGAAGAUGGAAGUGUGAGGGGACCAGAGAACAAGCGUUACAUACCCCGAAGAGCAGUCCUCUAUGUCCCCGGCAGUGAUGAGAGGAAGCUAAAGAAAAUUCCGAGUCUUGGAGCAGACUGCAUUGUCAUGGACUGUGAAGAUGGAGUUGCACUCUCCAAGAAGGCAGCUGCGAGAUCGACAAUUCAUCGAGUCUUAGACAAACAAGAGAUUGAUUUUAUGGGAAAGGACUGCUCUGUGCGAUUCAAUAGUGCAGACAGUGGACUGUGUGAGUUGGACAUGGUGGAGGUCCUUUCAGCAGCGCACCUCCCCACCACGGUUCAUCUUCCUAAGGUGGAGUCACCAGAGCAGCUUGAUUGGUUUUCUGAAAAGCUGAGCCACGCCCUUGGUAGUCGGAGGCUUCAAGAAAAACUGCGACUGAUAAUCUUCACUGAGUCGGCCCAGUCACUCCUAGACCUCCCAGCCAUUUGCCGCAGAGGGGUUGAGUUGUCUCGUGAUGCCCCCUUCAGCCUAGAUGGGGUUGUUUUUGGUUCAGACGACUUCUGUGCUGAUAUUGGUGCUACAAGGACUAAUGAAGCUAAGGAGUUGUCAUUCGCAAGACAAUAUGUCGUUACUGUAGCGAAGGCUUUUAAGCUGCAGGCUAUUGAUCUUGUGUACAUCGAUUACAAAGGUUAGUUUAGGCUUUUAAAGUUCAA